UCAGUCCCGUCCAAUCGAGCCCCGACUGUCCCAGAGCGAGAGGGAGAGGUGCACAAGUUUCACACAGGCGCUUUUAUCGCCUAGAAAAGAAAACAAAGAUUUCUUCAAAGGCGUUAUACGGGAUGGAUUUUUGACACAAAGCGUACAAGUAUGUGACCCUGUCUCCAAAGGACGUGGAGUCGAGUUUGGCCUCGCUGGAGAACAGAUCGUCUCGAGACAUGAGCAUCAAGCUACAGGACCUCGGGGUUUAAGAGGCGAUCACCAUGGCAACGCAGUUUAGUAUCGACGAUGCCUUUGUGUUGGAGGGAGAUGAGGAGGGAGCUGUGGCCGAUGGUGAGGCAGAGGGAUGGAAGGCCAGAGACAAAGACAAAGAAGGGGCAGAGAUGACGUUCGGUCCGCUCACUUUCUCUAAACCUCAGUCUCAUCCUCUGCCUGCUGCCGCCGGCUCCCCUGAGCACAGUAACCUUAAGUAUCAGAAUCUGGAAAAUGAAGACGCCUUUGGGAACAAUGGCAAUUCCUCUUUCAAUAACUUCUUUAAAAUCAGCGACCCGGCGACGCUGUCUUACUGCAGCUCCCAGUGGUCCUUCAGCACCUUGAGUUCCGUCACGCAUCUCUCUGCACACUGCUGCGGGUGGGUGUCGCAUCCGCUGGUGAAAAAAAACAGAAGAGUUGUUCUUGCUUCUUUUCUACUCCUCAUCACUGGAGUCGCUCUUAUUUUCACAGGUGUUGUCAUACGGCUGAAUCCAAAUGCAGGGCUUUCAAGUGCCAUUUUCUUUGUUCCUGGAUUUCUUCUCUUCAUCCCUGGAGUGUACCAUGUGAUAUACAUCUGCUGUGCUGUCCACGGACGAAGAGGCUUCAAAUUGUUCUAUCUACCUUAUUUUGAAAAAUGACAUUUACUGAGACACUACAUUGCCACUACAUUUCUAUGCUCUCUUAAAAUGAAUUGUAUUUUGUUAUGUGAACCAAAAAUAUAUUAUAAUGUGUUUCACGUUGUUUUUUUUCUUGUCAUUGUUAUGACCACUAAUUUAACCACUCAGUGUCUGGAGUAUGUUUCUACUAAAAUGAACUGACAUUGUAUGGAUAUAUGAAAAAGAAGGAGACUGGUCUUGCCUGUGUUUUCUUGUGUGAAUAAUGACUGUGAAAUUACAAUUAAAUUUUUGUAUAUUUUAA